GUAUGUCACUGAACUAAAUGCAUGCAUACUUACACACUGUGAUUGCAGGUGGUAAUUUUUACACAUUUAAACCCACUGGGAAGUCCUGAAAGAAUUUAAGAAUUUGGAAAAAAAAUUAUGUAAAGAGAGAGCUAAAAAGGGGAAGGAGAGGGAGGAAGGGAUGAAGAGGGAUUAAAACUGAUAUCAUUCAAGCACAGGGCGGAGACACACACAUGUAGAGAGCCUACACUGAACACCAGGAUAAUGCAAGAACACUACACGUUUCUUUACCCGAUGUAAAAACUUCUUCAGAUGGCCUACAGAACAGGACCGGAGCUUUCUGAUUGGCCGAGUCUGAGUGGAGAGGUGUGAUGUCGGCAGUGAUGGAUGAGACAGCCGAAGAUCUCCCAGUGAGAGAUGUGGGACUGAUGAGGGGGGGACUGAUGCCAACUGUUCCAGAUACUCUACGUGAUGUGAAGUCAUGGAAGAAGCAUCAUGUCAUGAAGACAAAAGCAGAUCCUCAGCGCAUGUUUCGGUUUCCCAGAGAGCACCUGGAGGACCUGUGUCUCAGGCUGCAAGAGGAAAACAGUGCGCUAAGACAGCACACUCGUACACAGGAGCAGAGGCUACGCAGGAUGUCCACCAGACUGACGCGUCUCCGUCAGGCCCGUCCUGGCUCCGGUGCUGUGAAGGAGAGGGACGUGGAGGACACCAUACAGGAGCUGGAGGCCCGUGUGGCGAUGCUGGAGAGCCAGAAAGGGGUGCUGCAGAACAAACUGAGCCUGGCCAAGCAGCACAUUAUGGACCUCGGGGGACGCACGCCAUACAAGUUCAGUAAAGGUAAAAGUAUGGAAUUAGAGGGUGGAGUCAGGAGGGCAGCCCAGACCGCCCCGCCCCGCUACGGCCCCACGCUGGAAGACACCAGGGCAGAGAUGGAGAGAUUCAGGUCCAGUGUGACGGAGCAGGUGAGGGCUGCAGAGCUGGAGCUGACUGCCCAGGCGCUCCGAGACACGCUGAGAGAGAAAGAGAAAGAGAUGGAGGGAACUGUGAGAGACAUGAGGAAGCAACAGGCUGACAGACACAGAAUAACUAUUAGAGAAAACGUGGAUCUGAUCCGUCUACAAAAGCAGCUUUCAGACAAGAGCACCGCCCUGAGGGUCACCCAGGAGAAGUUCAAGAACCUGCAGGAGGCAUAUGAGAAUCAGCUGGAGGAGCGUCAGAGGUCACUGAGCGAAAGUCAGGGAACUCUGCUGGAGAAAGUGGAGGAGCUGACUGAACAACUGAAGCAGGAGAGACAGAGAGCUCUGGCACUGGAGGGACAACUCACCACCACUACCCUGUCUCUGCACACCCUGGACAAGCUACAGGAGCGGAUAUCAGACCUGGAGGGAGAGAGGGAUCUAAUAAAAGCAAACUAUGACUCUCUACUAGAGAGUACUUUAUCUGUGCGAAGCCACCGCGAUGGCAAGGUGGAACAACAUAGGGAAGUGAACCAGAGGAGGGAGGAACAGGGAGAAAACAUCGGCAGGAUGGACAUCCAGAGACUGGAGGAAAUGCUGCAAGCAGAGAGGGGGGAGAGAGGCAGGCUGGAGCUGGAGAAGGAAAAACUGAGACGAGAGAAGGAGAUGUUAGAGGAGAAGAGGGAGCGAGAAAGAGACUUUUCAACGACAAAUAAACGAGAGCAUCAGGAAUGGGAGCUUCUCCAGUACAAAGAGCAGAUUUCUGUUCUGCAGGACAGACUGGACUCUGUCACCAAGGAGUUUGGCUUGAGUGCCGAGGAGCUCAGUGAAACGCUUAUACAGAUCAAGGCAUUUAGGAUGCAGCAGGAGACCGCGUUGGGGCUGCGGUUCCUCUGGGCUGAUGGGAAGGUGGAGGAUUCUCCCCGAGAGCUGGCAAACAUCCAGGCGUCACAUGCUGAGACCGUGCUGGAGUUACAGAAAACCAGAAACCUUCUGCUGCUGGAGCACCGUAUCAGUAAAGACCUGCAGGAAGAGUUGAACACAGUCAACCAGAAGAUGGAGAGAGAGAGGGAGGAGAGCAGGAGGAGGAUGGCAGACAAAGACAAACUUUUAUCAAAAAGAGCUCUUCAGAUCAACGCUUUACAAGCUCAGUUGAAGGAGUUAGCAUACAGCCCCAGGAACUACAACCGGACCAUACCAACACAGUACACGUGGCCAGCUGGAGAGCAGGAGGUGAUACAGCCCAGUGAGGACGACACGUCUUUUUCUCAGCUGAGGGCUGGGGAGUCGCUGUUGGAGAUCCACCUUAAGGCCGCCACCUUCACUCCAGCAGGGCUUCGUGCUAUGGGCGGCAUCCGUCGUGAAGACAUCGUGACCUUCUGCACCUACGGCCUCUUGGACUUCGAGGUGCACUCCACCCCUCUGGUGUCAGGCGGCCAACCCAACUACGGCUUCACGUCCCGCUACGCUCUGACAGCCCGUGAUCUGGGCAGGCUGGGAGGCCAGGGGUCAAGGGUCAGAGUGGAGCUCCACCAGGCGUUAGGAGGGGUCAGGUUUGUGACACAUGGAAGUGGGCAAAUGUCCCUCAUGGGUGCCAUGGAGAGGAGAGGGGAGCGCGUCGGUGGACAUGUCAAUAUCACAGGCUGCGAGGGUGCACCUGUUGGUGUUGUGGAUUUCUGGGUGCGCCUGUUUAAUCCUGCAGAGCCCAUAAACACCGUGGCAGAGAGAGGAGCUGACAGGAGAACAGCGGCACAGAAGGGUCCUGUGCACGUUUCUCUUGGCUGGCAAGAUGCCGGUCAUGAGGAGUUACAUGACUACGGCGGGGGGAUCCCUAAUGAGCUGGUGGUCAUGUUGGAACGCUGUGUGGGCCUUAACGCUCGCUGGCCUGGACUUCUUCCCGAUGCCUACCUGACAUACAGGUUCUACGACCUGCUACCUCACGUCUCUCAAACAGUCCAGUCCACCGCAGACCCGGUGUUCAGUGAUACUACCAGCUACCCGCUCGCAGUAACAGCUGAUGUGUUGCACUAUCUGAGAUCCAGCAGUUUGUGGGUGUACGUUUUUGAUGACAGCGACGACCAGAUACCGCCAGCCUACCUCGCCAAGACCCCCAUCCCACUGCGAGCCCUGGCUACAGGCAGAGAGAUCCGAGGCGAUUAUGUUCUGAGGGAUCCAGCCGGUGGACCUCGGGGCAUGGUCAGGGUCUUGUUAAAAUGGAAGUACCCCUUCCAGCCAUCGGUGGACGCUGCGCUGGGCAGACAAGGAAGACAGGGCAGAGAAAUGGAGAGCACUGAGAGGGAGGAGAGGAGGAGAGUAGAGGCUGAAGCAUCACAGAGGCCUAUAGCCAAGCCCAGAGUGAAGACUCAGCUACUUGAGCCGACAGACACCAAAACAGUGCAGAAAGAGACUAAAGCUUUGCCUCGGCCUCAACAUGUCAAACAGAAAAGCUCACCAGUACAACGCACCUCUGUGAAACCGCCGGACAGGAAAAGAUCCACCAAGAGGUCGCCUGACCUUUACCACGACACACCCCAUCUGACGCCUGAGCCCAGACUGACCACGCCCUCUCAUUUGCCAACAAGAAAAUCUUCACCCACCACGCCGUCGAGGAUGAGCUCCGCCAGCGUUGCCAGGGCUCAGGACCUUCCCUCUGGGGAUCAGGUGUCCAUGGAUGAAGAGGAGGAGGAAGAAGAGGAAAGGAGUGCGAGUGCUGCUGCAGGAGACAGUGGAGCCCCAGACUCUUCCGAGUCAAGUUCCUCACAAAGCGACAUUAUCGUCAUUCCACCAAAACGGAAAAUGAGGAAGGGAGACAAGCUGAGAGUCGAGAUUCUGUCCCUGUCGUUUGCGCCGUCCUCACGCGUGGCGUUAGACAAGUCAGUGCAGCGCGUUUACGUGGAGUACCGGCUGCUGGGCGUCCCGAUGGAGACAACGGAAACACCCAUGUCCCUCCGCAAACCCACAAAGGGAGAGGACGUUCACUACAACUUCACACGAGUGAUUUAUGUAGAUGGUUCACAGUCGGCUCCACUCAGACAGCAUCUUUACACCAUGUUGGAGGGCACUGACCCCAACCAGGGCAGGUUAAAGUUCACAGUAGUCAGUGAGCCAAUGGACGACGACGAGGAGUGUGUGGAUGUCGGACAUGCUUUUCUGGACCUACAGGAACUGCUCCUCACUGGAAACGAUGUCAGCGACCAACAAAUUAACGUUAUGAGUGUGGAUGAAGACACGCAGGUGAUAGGAAAUCUGAAAGUGUCUCUCGAAGCAGCGAAAGCUCUGACUGGGAUAUACCAGGAGUUUCACCAGAAAAGAAAGACCAAGAAAGAAGAUGACACUGAUGAAGAAGAGGAGGAGGAGGAAGAAGAAGAGAAAGAAGAAAAGGAGCAAGAGGAAGAGAAGAAAAAAGAUGAAAUAGUGAUAGAUGAUGGUGAUGAUGAUGAUAGUGACUUCUGAAAGCAGUUAGUAUAAGAUUAACAGAGGUCGUGUUCUGUGUGAAACAGUUUUAUUUCACUGUUUGUAGCCUCUUCUUCAACAUAUCCAAAGCAUUUGAAUAAAGAAUCAUUUUUGAAGUU